GCUGCGUAUCACCGCCUGUCUUUCUGUUGGACGCGCGCAGAAGAUACUUUCAAGAAGGUUCACUCUCUGCCAGUUGCCCGCUGGAAGCUAUGAGCCUAAUAAAAACGGCAAAACCUUACCCAAAAAAAGGGUUUCACCAUAUCUGCUACACUUCUCAUAAGUGAACUUUAUUCAAUAGGACGUUAAAUUAUGGUCUGGAUUUUAUCCUCCAUGCCUUGGACUACCUUAUUGCUGCGUGUCUCUCUUUCCUUCCUUCCUUCGAUGUUUCUUUCACCUAUUUCCUCACUACGCCUCAAAUACCUUUCUAUCAAGUACGAUCAUCUUGAUAUUGCUCAAGAAAGCUCUUUCUAUUCACUAUAAUCCAAUACACAUCUCGAGUGCUCUUUAGGCGCAUAGUUGUAUCUACCUGUUCGUUAUUUCUUUCCUCAAAAGAAGCCCUGGUCACGAGCUAGAAACUCGCGCCUACCUCAACCAUUAUUUUACGAGAAAAGCACAGGAUAAGAGAGAGACUAAAAGGGAAGGCUCUCAUCUCAAACCUGUCCAACCAUAUCAUCACCGCAUAGGAAGGUGCAACCAUGUGGCUUAUGAUAUGGCCCAUCGCGUUCUGGGCAGCUGCCGUCAUGCUUGCCAGCUCACUAUUUUAUAUCCAAUACAGAGUUAAAUGGCUCAGGACUGAGGCUAUUUUGAGCAUCAUCUUUGUUCUUCUGAACUUCACUGUAAUUGUGUUUCUUGGCUACCAAUGGGUCUCCUAUGAGCUUGACUUUGAUGAACUCAACAGACGACACCCGCAUAUCAUCAAUACUCAGUGCAUUAUUUCACACGUCAUAUUUUUCUCAUCGUUUGGAAUUUCAGUCAUCGGUUGCGCCAGCUACUUCUUUGUGAAAAGACUCCUCCUCCCCAGCCGCAAACAUCACAUCAACAAUAGUAAAAUCCAAAUGCUCCUAUGUGCCUUUGCUAUGGGCAGUGCUUGGAUGGUCACAUACCCUUCAUCACAAGCAAAAGACAGCCAAGAUGAAUUCAGAGAAUUGCUUGAGAGCGGAAAACACGAGGAAUUGCGGUCCAAGCUCCGUGGCCUCGCUAACCUCCAUAUUGGCCUUGAAGUAUUCGCAUGGCCUAUGGUUUAUGCAGGCCUGUACGCGUUUGCCAGAGCGUUACGCUCAAUAAAGUCCCGUGCAUCGGACUGCUUUUUUAAAGCCUCCCUCCUCCGGCACGGAAUUUCCACUCCACCUUAUUCUCCCCGCAGACCUUACGAGGCAGAAUACGGCGAUCUCCAAGCUGAAUUCUUCGGCAACAGCGCUCUUGUCCAGCUAAAAUCGUUUGACCAGCAUCCUAUGGUUCGUCCAUUGGCAAAUGCUACACGCCAUCCGCCAAGAAACAGGCUAGUAUCUCUAGCAGAAAUACCAGAUUUGAGACUCCCUCCUCCAGCAUUCCUGGGCGAUCAGAGUUUUUCUCCAGGGCUAGUCUCAAUAGACACCUUCGUCCUAGAUGUGCCGUGGACAACCCCAUGUUCGAGAUUGAGUCACUGUUCGAUUACAUAGACGGGCACAGGCAGCACGUUGGAUUUAGCAGAUUUGCGAUGACAUCUCAGUCAUGAUUUCAUCACCUGCAAAAACACCUUGUUGUGCUGGCCUUGAAACGUUUUAGUAACUUGAAUGCAUGCUUCUGAUCCCACGGCGGUAGCAGCUUCUCUGUUAGGCUGAGUUUGACGGGGUCGGUUUACCAGCUGGUGACGCUCACCCCCCGAGCUAUCGAGCAAUCGAGCAGGGGUAAGCCGAUUGAGAACGUAUAACUUGUGCUUUGAAGUUAUGAAGCAAUCGAACAGGAGUAUCAGCACAAGGAGUCCAAUGAUUCAGGUCGCUCGUAUGUGAGGUAGAUCAAAUAUUGUUUUCUCUUGCACGUCAAGUUGUACCGUUUUUGAUCCAGCCCGGAAACAACGCCUCUACUAUAUCGCCUGAGAGCCCAAUUCAAACGAGAAAAGACCCGCCUGUUGAACAGAUUGCUCAAACUGUGCGGAUGGCCAUAAUUUCACAGAACCCAUCGACAGGAGUGUGAUCAUAUAAAAUAUGAGCACUACAUAGGGUUGGGACUGCCACGUGAAAUAUAGCCCUGUCAGAAUGUCAGUCCAACUGCCCAGACAUAAUCAAUUAGGCAGUUAAUUAGGGCCUUGGGAAGGUUAGUUGGGCGUCCGAGAUCGAUUCAUGAACUGCUUGAUUUGUUCAUGAUAGCCAGAUCUGGGCAAAGUGCCUCACUCGACUUCAACGCUGGUAAAGCAGGUUGCUGCUUAUGUCCAUCUGACGCGGACAGACCCCUAGGCCUCUGUGUUCGCUACAGCAGAAAAUGUCCUGGCCGGGGUAGGAGAGCGCCAGAAUGAAAAUCCCGAUCUAAUCGCAGUACACUUGCAAUGGACAAGGAGGUACAGCAAGGGCUUACUGGGCUCAUCGUAUAUGGGCGAAUGUCGAAACCCGCUACAAAUUAGGUAGUGUGGUGGAUGAGCUCUUUCAUGGACAUGAGGACUAAAGAUUGAGUCUACUUGAGCUUAUCAUAUAUUAUUGUUGUUGUGUGUUUUGGGAAUAAGUUGUUUGGCUGGAUGAAGUACUGAUCUAUUUUUUUCGGGAGAUUGUGUUUUUAACACUGCAUUUUCUCUGUUACUAUAUAUACAUCUCAAUGUCCAUGCGUAUCUUUUGCUAUCUACGUAUUAUCGACUCCUAGUGGUAGCGGAGACACAUCUCCCUCUUGAGCUUAAGCCCACCUCGCCAUUCAUCGCGUGUACCAUGGCUGCUCUCUACUUGUUCGCUGAGUUGAGCCUUCGUUUCCUGUUUCUGGUUUUAAUAGAAAAAAAUGAAAGAGAAAAGGGGCUAUAAUAAGCUUCCCGAAGAGGCUCAACGGCCGUCGGCGUCUCCACUCAGCUCUGUGAUGAGCUGACACUCCAAAAUCUUGUGCUUAUCAUCCAUAUGUUGGGAAAAUACCAGGAGGAACGGAAAUCGACAUUUCGACCCCGCCCGGAUCGGUAGGCGGCUGGCGUGUCAGGACGGAAGGACGGAAGGGUGAAAACGGGUGUAAGAAGAGAGGAUGGCUGUGAUCAUCUCAGGUUUUUUCAAGGAAUUUGAGAGUGAAGGUUUAUAGUUGAUUAAUUUAUUAUCAACAAGUAUACUUAUCCUUCAUAUCUUAUCCUAUACUCGAUUUUUUCAAUCAAGUCUCUGCCUUCUCCUCUCCGCGUAUUUCAUCUGCCCUUUCCCAUACGCGCAUCAUGCUUGCCAUGAGUUGAGCAUGAUAUAUAGGCUUUAGAGUUGACAAAUGAAGGUGUGGUUGAGAAUCUAUGUGUAUAUUGUAAACCAGUUAUGACUUGGAAAUAAGAGAUAGUAACCUGUGUGUGUAUAUUAUCAUCAA